UAUUGUACUUGGGAGUCGUACAAACGUUUCUACGUAAACGCAUAUCCCCUGUGGGAGUUACUACUCUCCAUCUUUAUCUUCCGGACUCUUUCUGACCCCGUCUCCUAGUUUUCAUCUUUUAUAAAUAAGAGUCAUUGUGGCCUCGGACUGAUCAGUUACAACAAGCGUUCCUUCACCGACCCCAAGUACACGACAAUCCAUGACAUUCUGUUAAUACGAGUACAUUUUGAAAGAAAAUUUUAACUUUAUGGAGCAGUGAGUCGUGCGUUUAUUAAUUUGACCAACGGAUUAAGAUAAAUAAAAUAACGAUUUGAAAUGGUUCCAUCAAGAAAUUUUUGCAACGUGAUCCUUGUGUUGGUGACAAUUGGCAGUUGUUUGGUGGCAGUGGAAUGUCGGAACCCACAACGUCGCAGAGUGAGUGACAGGCAGAAUAGCUUAUGGAAUAGUCAGAAUAAUAGCGGGGGAAUGUCAAACAAUGGAAAUCCUCGUUUUGACUAUGAAACAGGUUAUGCUACCGGAGUAGCUAUGAAAAAGGCACUCGGAUUAACAAAGAUUGUUCUUUCACCAAUCGUGCUUCCCAUGAUAUUUUUCGUUGGAAUCGUUCUUCUCUUGUUUUUUGCGGUGGUGGGAUCCUCGGCCGUGGUUGGUUCCUCGACCUUUGGUCGCAAACGGGUCCCAUUCCAUUCGAAUGGAUGGGCCAAGUCGUUCUCGUCAAGUACUGCCAAACUUGCAAGUGACGUACUUAAUAGUGAUCAAUGUAUCGAGAGAAUUUCUUGUGAGGUGUUCAGAAGGGCGAAGAGACUUGGGAUGGAAAAUCUCAUCACGAGUGCAAUUCAGGAGAUGCCAUCAAGUGAGAAUGUAAUAGGAAGAAUCUCACGCUCCAUAAAGGAUCCAGCCGACUGCAAGGAAUUUACAUGCAGUUCUUUGGCCCUAGUGUCCCGAGCGGUGCAAGCUUUUCAAUAACAGGAUGAGGUCAUAAGGCCGAUGUCCUGCUUUCACAAUUUAUUUGUUACAAAAUGUUGGUCAUGUUGUUUUCUGGUAAAAUGUCAUUUGUACUUAGGAGGACCUGCCACCGUAUUUAUUCAUAAUGCAGAUCAUUCCAAAUAAAUGGCAUUUUUUAAACAUAUGUGUGUGACUUAUUCAUUCUAUUUAUUUAUUAAGUUAAAGCUAAUGACGGAGGAAUUGUAGACGUAUGUAUUGCAAACUUUUCAUUAAAAAGUAAUUUGUAGAUUUUACUGUUUUCAUUAUAUAUGACUAUGUAAACUCUUUAUGCUGUAGGUGCAAUAAUAAAGUGAUAUAUUUAUGAUCGUAA